CAAUAUCAAGUUUUUUUCAGAGAAGAUGGCGGCUUCUCCUAUUAGUCAGCUUGCAAAUUGGAACGACGAUAAAGGAACAUCGAGGGAGGGACUGCACAACUUCCCGGAUAAGCUGGAGGGAUGGCAGAACUCCAGAGAAGAUGCAUAUCUAGAGGCUGCCGGACUCACUACAAACCAAAUACAAACUUUUGCUUUUGAUUAUAAUAAGAUGUCUGGCUUUCUUUUCCCACAGAACACAGACCAAAAGAAAACAAAGAAACAGGGCAAGCAACCAAAGAUUACAGAACAAAUUGAUUCACAAAUAAAGGAGAAUAUAAGCAUGAAUCCAAACAUGGAGUUUGGAGGGUCAGAAAAUGAAAAAAUGUAUAUUGAAAGCGAAGACGAAAACAAUCCAGAUGAUUUAGAACGUAGACUUUCAAAUCAAGAAGCUGAACUUCGGAUUAUUCAAGAGUCGCGGAAAAAGCUUAAAGGCGGAAGAAGAGGAUCGAAAAAAAAAAGUGUAUCUGGUGAUAUGUUACAAGGUGGAAAUCUCAUCAGAGCUUUGGCGGGAAAUUUAUCACCAUUUAAUGCACAGGUUUUAUCUUUUGAGUUCAGAGAUGAUGUUUCCAGUUUUCAAGUUGUUCUUUCAGACGGAGUAAACAGUUCACACAGGUGCUUCUUAACCUCUAGAACUGUUAGUAGAAUAACGAAGAAUAAACUAGUCAUUAUACGUGUUGAAUAUUUUGAAGUAAAAAAUCAAACAAUCCAUAUCAACAAGUACUUCAUUGUCAGCAAGGAGCAGCAGGUUAUUGGAGAUCCUGUUCCUAUCAAACAGUUUUCAACACUUGAUCCUACAAUCCAACUUUUCUCUUCUCCUUCCAGUAAUCUCCCCUGUCCUCAUCUAAACGAAAUCCCAGAGUUACAUGUAGAGAAAAACAUAGAUAUAUCUCUGACUGAAGAUCAUGAAAAACUUAUUGACGAUUUUCUUAAAUUUACCAAUAAUGAUUCAGUUAGAGAAGGGGCUGAAGACAGAGCACAACUAAACAGUAAUCUGUCUGCUCUUACUAAAUUUUAUUCAAGGUACGUUGGGAUCAUUGCUAUACUGAAACUGGUUAUUUUUCUAAUUUGGAUACUUACAUCGGGGCAUCUGAAGUUUUGGACGAUGAUAGACUUGUGUUGGCGAGAAAAGGACAUCAGGAUAUCUGCAACAUUUCUUUCUCAAACUUUGAGAAUCAACCCUUCUCCACCAUGGAGGUUGGAGCAGAGUGUGAGCUGUAGCUGAAUUGCCAUGUCUCCCUCGGAAAUCUUAGCAUUUGUUGCAGUAUCCACCACCCCUCUGUGAUCUAAAAUGUGGUUCUUUAUCCUCUCAGUUUUUAGCGUGCAGUGCAUUUGCUACCCACCCCUCGUGUGUUCUUAAACAUUUCUUACAUUAAAUCUGUGAUUUAUCAUAUUAUUAUUUGGUGCACUUACAAUUCCUUCCUCUGUAAUAUUAACUAUUUAGAAUUUAUGCAUCCAUUAGAAAUUGAUAUGGAUAAUUUUUAUCCUUUAAGUGUACAGUUUUAAAACAUUUUCUUGUCCAGAAUGACAGAAAAAUAUUUGUAAUUUUAAA